AUGCGGGACUUGAGGGACUUUCGAAGGACAGAUGUGGUCCUACCCAAGGCAGAACCUCACAGUCCACAACUACCUCAAAUCUCACGAUUGGACACCAACUCCUUUGUUGACUUGUUCAACCGAUACUCCGGCUCAGAACAUGCGGAAUCGCUUGCUGCCAGUGCGGCAGCAAAGGAUUUUGCAUGGCCGGCGGUGAGGGCUGCGCCAUCUUUGCCCGCCAAACACGACAGACCCGCGUCGGCCGUCAUGGUGUCAACUCGACAAGUCAAGCCUGUGCGCAAUGACUCUACUGGAUCAUCUUCUAUAGCAUCCUCGAAUCACACUUCGUCAACGCCAACAAUUACAAGGCACUCUUCCUGCUCGAGCGUGGAAGACAAAUGUCCUACACCUCCACCCAAGGACGACAGCCACAGUCAGGUUACGGCUCUACCCAAGUUUCAUUCUGAGUUGACAGAGAGCCCUCCGCGACCGAGGACAGGUACUCUGGAAUCGAAGAAAUCCAGCAACCCAUCGACGCCAAACAUUGAUAAGCCGCUGCCUAUUCCUUCAUCGAAGACGGAGGAGAAUAGAGCAGUCAACUUUUCACGGCCCAAGGUCUCCGCUGAUUGGCAGUCAUGUUUGCCAAUAAAGUCAGCUUCGGUGCCCAAUCCAGCCGCGCACAGGAGAUCAGCCAGCAUCAACGUGAUUGCUUCUGCGCUGGGGCCACCUUCAUCGUUCAUGGCUGCGGAAAGACCUAGGCUUCGCAUUAGAUCCCACUCUGCAGUGACAGUCGCCGAACUACCGGCAUCACUUCCCGCCGAUGCCCCAGAACCUCUUGCGCCCAGGAAGCCCAAGUCUCACGCAUCUGUCGGGGCGUUUCAAAUCACUGCCCGUACGGCAGAAGACGUGAUUUACCGGAUCAUGGCAAGUCUCGAGCGGCCGGAGGACCUCAGGUCUGUUGCGCUAGUCAGCAAAGGGUUCCUCAAUACCUUCCAGAGAAACGAAUCGAAGUUGGUGAACAGGUUGAUGUUCAAGCACUCAAAGGCCGCCUGGGAGACUAGAAGGAGUAUGAUAGUACUUCGUGCGGCCAGAGACUUUACAUUAUGCGACUACCAGCGCGAUGUCAGGACGAUCCGCGCACUCAAGACAAUCAUUCUCGCCAAUUGCUUACCACUGUGUCGACCUCGCACUCUAGCAGGCCUUUCUGGAAACGAUCAACAGGCGGAGGUCGAGGUGAACAAUGCGCUGUGGCGGAUAUGGACGUUUUGCGCCCUCUUCGGACACAGCUCGGCACAAGGCAAAGUCCUCCCCGGAAUGAUUGACUGGAUGAACGGUUGCAUCGGCCUCGACAAGGACAAUGGGGCGGGCUUUGCAAUCGGAAAUGGAGACGGCCUAACUUCUCAGCAACUGGAGGACAUGGCCGACUUAUGGUCUUGUUUGAAGGCUCUGCUGGCGCGUUUCCAUGGCAGGCGUGGCGAAGCCUUGAAAGCUGGCGUACUUGACAGCUGGAAUGGGUCAAAUCUCAUGACUGAGGAGGACUUCAUCUCUGAGUGGACCUCAUAUCUCAUGACGCUCGGACCGCAGGUCAUCCUUGCUCUGUCAAGUGCAUCCUACGACAGGGCAAAGUAUUUAGGGCUGACAACCUGGGCUCCUCCAUCGCCCGGGCAAACUCGGUCAACAUUCUUGACUGGAGCCGUUUCCGAAUUGUAUCAGGCGAGACUUUUGACAGAAGCCGUGCGACAAGCUGAACGAAUUCCCCUGCCGCGACAAUCAAGUCACAGACACAGUCGCUCGGUGGACGAGAGCAGACCAGGGACUGCGAUGCAGCGGCACGCAUUGCGACUCGACACUCAUGCCGCAAUCCGGCAACGUCCCGCGUCGACUUGCCCCUCAAGUCAGUCCGCGUUCACCACCAGGCCUAUCCGUGGCGAGAGUCGCACCCUUGCCGGUCACCAAAGACAAGUCAGCAACCCCAUAUUUCCGGCUUCGCCAACAGUGGACCCAACGUUCUUCCACUCUUUAGCAAUGAACCGCGCAGUCUCAACGCGACUAGGCGCUACACUGUUUCCGGUCGACUAUCCUACCGCCAGACCGAGCGUUCCGUUCCUGGCAGAUCAAAAUGAGCGGCAGCCGUCCACCUCAUCAGUGGUCGUCGACCCGAUCGACAAAGCCCUCGAUUUGCUCGUUGAAGAAAUGGGCUUCCCCGAAGCCAACGCUAAGCGCGCCCUCGCCAUGACAGACACUGGCAGCGGUAUCAAUGUCGAACGUGCGAUCGAGCUUCUCAGUAUUCAGAACAAGCCGCGUACACUCAACACCGUUCCAAUCGAGCUGCCUACGCCUGUUGAUAUCGUUGCCCCUCUGCGAUCAGCCAACCCUGCAGGUGCGGACGAUCACUGUGAUGGUUCCUGCCGCAGGAACACUCAUCACUGUCACACGAGUCCUAUGGGUCGUCGAGCCAGCACUAUUCGGCGUAGCCACACGCGUAACAAAUCUGUUGGACAUGCAACUGAGACGAUCGCGGAGCUCGAGAACAGUAGCGAACCAGCAACACCGGUUAGCCCAGUCACUGACAUAUAUGGCGGACAUUCCGCGUGUAACUCAGUCUCUAGCGCCGACUGGAACCGUGCCGAGGACGCAGACAUCGUCCCAGGUCUAGACAGCACCUCGGUUAUGCACAAAACAGGCAGAUCUGGCACCAAAUCUGGACGACCUCAGUCCAAAGCUUGGCGGGUGCUGGGCGUGGCGCAACAACAGAGCCCAGCAUCUUCGCCACACUCACCUUCGCAGUCGCCGAGCACUUCUGCGCAGAAAGCGCUUCCACUCCCGGCAGGUUUAGCGCGCACACGCAGUAAGCUCGCUGCUGUCGGCAAACCUAAGUCCAGCGUAGUGGGCAUGAACGAGUAUCUCGAACGGAUAGAGCGGCGCCAAUCGCAGCGAGUAGCUCAGAAGGGCUGGCAGGCACAGAGCGCGAGUAAUGGUGGCGAUGUUUUGGGGCUGACUAGUUCACCACAAGCCCAGACACCCGCCUCUCCGGCCGCACCAAGUCCUUCAGCCUCGACGUUGCAAACAAUCCCGACAGGCAACAGUGGCGGCCUCGGCGGCUUCCGUCCCGUAGUCGCCAUCGACUCCGUCGCGGCAAACAAGGGAAAAUACCGCUUGAAGCAAUCGCAGCCCGAAGAGGUCGCCAGCGACACAGACUCAAUGGUGGCGGUUCCGAGCCCAAGCAUGGAAUUGGGCGCGGCGAAGAGAUGGAGGAACGUCAUGGGGACCGUGAAACUGGGCGGGACUCAUGGGCAUGGAUACAAGGUUAGUAAGCGGGAGAAACAGGUUGCGAAGGAAAUGCUGUUUCGUGUUGGAGAGAGGGCAUUCGUUGGAUGA